AGGCCCUGACUAACAGUCCCUUGUAUCGCAUCUUCAUCUCCACACUGUGAUAGCCUCUUCCAAGAAGACGUACGUGAAGAACUGCCAUCUUUGUUGUUUUGGAACCUUUCUUGGCCUCACUGUUCAUCCACCAUGUCUUUUACAUUCAUUGGUAUAAUGAUGCUUCUUCAAUCUUCAGUGGCAAUUGCAUUUGUCUUGCAUUCAUCCAAUGAGGAGCCUGCAGCCUCUGCUGAUUCUCAGUUUGCCCAUCAAAGGUGCCAGAAUGAGUCAUUGCAAUCUAUCAGGAAGGGUCUCCUGAGGGCUCUCAACAUGCAGACUGAGCCACAGCUGCCUGCUGGUGCAAUAGAGAGUGUCCGUGAGCAAUGGCAGAGAACAUUCAGCAUCUUUCCUCAAAGUGUCAAGAAUACAGCUGCACCCACUGACUAUUCUGUAUUGCAUGACAGUGGAAACAAAACAGGCCUGAAGUGUUGCUCUGCAUCCUUUGAGAUCUUCAUGAAAGAUCUGGGCUGGGACAGCUGGGUGAUUCAUCCUUUGAGCCUGACCAUUGUUCAGUGUGCUCUGUGCAAUCCUGCAUAUGGCACCAUGCAAUGUCCAUCAUACUCCUCCAGCGUCCAGGAAGCCAACUCGCAAGACCAUUUGCCAUGUUGCCAGCCCUCCUUGCAGGAAACACUGAAUCUCGUCUACAUGGAUGAAACUGGCACAAUUCUCAUCUCCGCAGUGGAGCUGACCCGCAGCUGUGGCUGUGGACCUGGGAAUGCCCAGCAGCCCAGCCCAAAGUAGGCUGAGUUCUGUCCUGCAGUCUCUGGCAUAACAUCCGAGCCACCUGGCAUAUCCAAAAUAUCUUUAUACACAGGCCCGUCUUCUCAGAUGUUAAAUAACCCACCUGUACUGCUGUCUGUUUCUCUAUCUUAAAUUGUUAUGCAGUGUACUCAGCUCUGAUCAUGGGAACCAAAGCAAUGUCUCAGUUUUGAAUUCCUGCUGCUUCCUUGUACCAAAAACAGAUUUGUUGAGCCUGCAAGUCAUGAAAAUUAGGCUCUGCUUCUGCACACCAUAUAUAUAUAUAUAAAUCAGGGUCCAUCACGUGGACCCUGAUUUCUUUUUUAAUUAACAUAUAUAUAUAUAUACAUAUAUAUAUAUGCAUA